AUGUCACCACGGCCGUCAUCAUCGCGGCUGGAUCGCUCGCUGGCGAGCGUCGUCGCGUCACUGCUCCUUGCUGUCAUCGGUCUCCUCUGCUUGGCACCCUCUGCUGCGCACGGAGCCGCUCUGACAACGACGGUCAAGCCGGGAGAGCGCUCCUGCUACUACGCCUGGGUAGACCAAGCAGGAGAGAAGAUCGGGUGGUACUUUGCCGUCCAAUCAGGCGGAGACUUCGAGAUCGAGUGGUCCGUCACCUCUCCCUCGGACAAGACCAUAGUUGAAGGCGUCAAAGACCGUCAGGCGGACAUCAUCUUCACUGGUCAGGAGGUCGGGGAAUACGCUUUCUGCUUCCAAGAUCCUAGCUUUGCCGCAGAAAAGACGGUGGAUUUCGACAUUACAGUGGAGAGCGAACCCAGGUUGACCUUGCCGCUCAGCCAAGCGGCUUUGCUCAGCGAGCACUCAGCACCAUUGGAAGACUCCAUUGGCAAGGUUCAAGAGCAGUUGACCAACAUGGGAAGGACGCAGCGAUACUUUAGGACAUGGGAGAAUCGAGGCUUCGAUACGGUUAAGAGCACGCAGUCGAAGCUCUUCUACUUCUCCCUCAUCGAGUCGGCACUCAUGAUCGGCAUCAGCGUGGGUCAGGUCGCCCUGAUCCGCUGGUUGUUCGACUCGAGAGGGUCGAAGCGUUACAGAGUCUGA